UCCACGAACGAUCAGCCUCGUCCGCAUCCAAAUGGUCCGGUCGCGACUGUGGCUCUUUGCCGUUGCUCUCCUCACCAGCCGGACGAGAUGGGGUCAAGACGGGACGAAUCCACAGCGGAGUAUUGCCACCCUAUGGCGCAAAUGUGCCGCUGUCGGCCCCAAUCGCGACGAACAUCGUCACCCAGCCAAGUCCAUGCGGUGCGUUUUGUUCAUUCCCUCUGGUGGUCCGUUGGCGUCCUCUGCGGACCGCUGAUCGCCGCCGAGCAUUCCUCUCUGAAACGUCCUCUCGGGCAACACCGACGGACGGACGGAGCUGGCGAACGAGGGACGUGGUCGAGACCGACAGAGCCCUAUCCUCCUGUUGUCAUCGUUCGUUCUCGGUCUCGUGGUUGGUUCAAGAACCCGAGUGAUUGCGUGCUGCAGCGACUCCAUCCAGGACCGCGGCUUCUGCUGCCUCGUUGGUGCGGUUUUGUCCCGGCCGCCUUGCCGCCAGCCCCAGACCGUAAGAGUGCCUUGGGAGCCAAGCGGCCGCCGGCUGCGAAUGCAUGCCACCAGGACCCACGUUCGCGGUGCAGCCCUGGCCGGCAUGCGGGUCCCGGAUGCAAGACCUGCGUCCAUACAGCGGCCGCUGCCGCACCACUCGUACGGGGUUCUUGGGAACGACACCGAUCCGCAUGCGCACGGGGGGGGUAUCAGCCCUAUUUCGCGUGGGUGCGUCUGUCUGGGUUGGCAGCAGACGCCCGUCCUGGCCCGGGGCUGCCGUGGAUGCCGUGGAUGCCGUGGAUGCCGUGGAUGCCGAUAAUGCAGAACGUGCUGGUGCCGUGGCUGCAGAAAGCCAGCACAAGCCCAGCAGAGGGCUGGAGGAACAUGGCGAACAUGGCGCAUACAGCGAUGUUUUGAAACGGGACACCUCGACGCAGUGUCUUGCGACCUUCCAGCGGCACCGUCCGCAUUGCCUCUUGGCUGGCCUCCAAGCGGCCUUCCUGGCUGCCCACCCGGUCCGCCUGAAUCACAGGCCGGCUCUCCAACACAACCGGCCCCUGUUCUGCUCUGGAUCUGCUUUGCAUCGACCAGGCCGCACGAUCGACCCCACAGUCGCCACAGUCGCCACAGUCACCGCUCCGCACGCGUCUCCAACCCCAAAGCAAGCCAUUCGGAAUGUUCGGUAUGAUGGCCAGACGGGAACGAAGGCACUGCUGGGCUGCAGCCUCGCUGGAGGCCAAUAUAUAUCGCGCAUGCUCGUCAUCACCACGGUUCUUGGCGUCGC